AUGGCGUCGAAGACUUCACCGUUCGAUCUCUCCAAAUGCGCCAGACCCAACAUCCUCAAAUUGGAACCUUACAGAUGUGCGCGGGACGAUUACAAAGACGACGGCACCAAUAUCCUCCUUGAUGCGAACGAAAAUGCCUAUGGCCCUGGGCUGGUCCUUGACAAGAAUCGUGUGCACGGCAAAGAUGACAAGACGACGGUCGACUUCCUGGGUCUGAACAGAUAUCCUGAUCCACACCAACUCGAGCUGAAGGAACUCUUCUGUCGCCUGAGAAACACACAUACCCAUACAGACAAACAAUUGAAACCAGAGAAUCUGUUUUGUGGAGUCGGCUCAGAUGAAGCCAUCGACGCACUUUUGCGCUGCUUCUGUGCACCUGGAAAAGACAAGAUUCUGACCUGCCCUCCCACAUACGGCAUGUACACGGUUAGCGCAGACGUCAACGAUGUUGAGGUGGUUAAGGUCCCUCUCAACCCUGACAAUGGCUUCUCGCUGCGGCCCCAAGAGAUCCUGGACAAGCUCUCCUCUGAUCCCUCCAUCAAGAUGGUAUACAUUUGCUCUCCUGGAAAUCCCACCGCCGGUCUCAUUUCAAAGGAAGACAUUCAACAAAUCCUUGAGCAUCCAACUUGGAAUGGCAUUGUCGUUGUGGACGAGGCAUACAUUGAUUUCGCACCUGAAGGGUCAAGCCUGGCGGAAUGGGUGUUGGAGUGGCCGAAUCUGGUGGUGUGUCAAACGCUGAGCAAGGCAUUUGGCCUGGCCGGCAUACGUUUGGGAGUGACCUUCAGCAGUCGCGAGAUCGCAGCGCUGCUUAACAAUCUCAAGGCACCAUAUAACAUCUCAAGUCCAACCAGUGCCAUUGCAAUAGCAGCCUUACAAGAAGAGAAUCUGGCAGUCAUGCGACAAUACCGCGAGAAGAUCAUCCAGCAACGCGAGCGACUUAUUCGAGAGCUCCCACGUAUUCCAGGCAUUGGCCGCUUUAGAGGAGGGUCUGCCUCGAACUUUCUGCUGGUCGAGAUUCUGGACAAACCGCGUGAAGAGGGCGGACAACCAGACAAUGUGACGGCUUUGAAUGUUUACGAGACCAUGGCGGGGCAACGCGGAGUGGUGGUCCGGUUCAGGGGAAAGGAGUACGGAUGCAAAGGUUGCCUGAGGAUCACGGUGGGCACCGAGCAGGAAGUAGAUCGCUUCCUUCAGGAGCUCAGAUCUGUCCUGGGCCACAUUUACUCUGCUUCAUCGCAAGGCUCGAAAGUCAACGGAAUCGACAAGGAGAACCAGAGUGAGGGGGAACGCGAGGUGGCGGCCAACAAUGUGAUAUCAUAA